AUGCAUCUCGAGGAGGCCGCCGUCGACAUAUUUGUCGAACUCAUUAGCUUCCAGCGCCACUGCAUAAAGUUUCUGCGAGAUACCGACAGGGAGGCGGAGACGGGAUGGCAAGAAUUCCACGUCGGCAAAGACAAGGUCAAGACUUCCAUAGACGGUAUUCUCGAAAUGGUAUGGAAACAUGUACGAUUCGCCAGCCACGUCGAAGAAAUGCAACGGCUGCAAAUGAUCCUGUCUCUUGCUACGAACAGCCCUAUCAGCCAAGCGAAUAUCCCGUUUUCCAACCUUCCGGUCACGCGGAAUGCCCGUUUCUUUGACAGAGACAACAUAAUCGAAAAGAUUGACGACCACUUUGCCCGCCAGUCCAUGACCAAAGGUCCUCGCUCUCUUGCCUUGUACGGCCUUGGAGGGGUCGGAAAAACGCACGUCGCUCUCAAGUACGCCAGCGUAAAAACAGAAGAAUUUCCCGCCAUACUCUGGAUCAAAGGCGAGACGGCAGAAUCAUUGGUACAGAGCUUCAGUGAAAUAGCUGUUCGCCUCAAGCUGCACGGCGCAGGCAUUUCCAAGCAUGAAGAGAAUCGCAUCUUGGUUCUUGAUUGGUUGCAGAAAACGAACCUAUUAGCUUGUCGAUGGCUGCUGGUGUACGACAAUGCGGAAACAUUUGAACUGCUGUUAAAAUAUUGGCCAGUCGCUAGCCAAGGCUCUGUCACAAUCACUUCCCGGAACCACAGUUUUGCGUACGAACCUGCCGAGACCGGCAUCGAGGUGCUCCCCUUUGACAGGCAGUCGGGGUUGGGCUUCAUCCUGCACAUGCUGUCCUUGGACAUUGCCACCGGCAUCAGCUCGCAAGAUGUGCAGUCGUCCCUCCAGCUUUCGGACAAGUUGAGUGGUCACGCCUUCGCCAUCUCGCAGAUGACGGGACUGAUCCACAGAAGAUCAUGGAGCAUUGCCGAGUUCAUCGCGAUAUAUGACCGCAAUACGAGACAAAUACACGGUAUGCCCGGCAUCAACUCUCUUGACGCGUCCUUAAGUCAAGGCUGCGCCAACAUGCUGGGCAUCAUGUGCUACCUAACGCCAAAUUCGAUCCCCCAGACACUAUUUAAGCCAGUCGAUGUACAAGACUUGCCCCCUGAGCUAGGAUUUUUGUCGUGA